AUACGAAGGAGAUAUAUGGAGUGAUUCCAUAUAUUGCACCUGAGAUAUUUAUUGGAGAAAAAUAUAUGAUAGCAUCAGAUGUUUACCGUUUUGGAAUGAUUAUGUGGAAAAUGACAACUGGCCAAAAGCCUUUUUAUGAUC